ACCCGCGACAGUUUGAUUAUUUCGGUGAUACUUUUCUCUCGCGAAGCUAUCACGAUUUUUAACUAAAAUUACGUAUUUAUGGCGUAUUUCUAGAGUUAUUUUACGCACCAAAUCCACCCAAUUGUAUUCCCCCGUGCUGUGGCUCGAGUUUUGCAACGAAAGGCACACAAAUGAUGGAACAUGAGACACUCAAUGUGCCGAGUCCGAAAGACGACUUGGAGGAAGGAGAACUUUCGGAGAGCGACAGCGAUGGCUACACGCCCCUGGCCCGGCCAGAAGCGGCCAAGAGCGAAUUUGCUACCGCCUCCGUCAAUGUGCCGCGCCAGAUGGACAUCGUUUCGGACGAGCAUGACGACGACGAACUGCACCACGAGAAGAGCGACUCCGAUGGAAGCUCGGAUGAAAGCGGCAGUAACAUUCGACUCGGCCCCAUGAACUAUCCCAAACGGAUGGCUGGACAUUCGCCUCGCACUGCACACAAGCGGCCGCUUCAUGCGCAUCCUCCGGCCGUCGCUGCUGCCACCGCGGCUGCUGCCGCCGCCGCCGCCGCUGCUAGCGGUGCCAACCCCAAACCCAUGCCACACGGUACCGCCGCCCGAACAAAGAAGUAUAACAUAUGGACGGAAAGCUUGCAAGAGGACACACUGAUGGAAACGAUGCGCGGUUGCGGUGUGACCGGGAGUGAUAUGCGAAACCGUGACGUCGAGUCGUACGACUACAAGCUGAGAUUUCGGCUGCAAAGCGGCAAUGCGUUCGAGCGCUUGAAGCGCCGCCAGUCCAAUUCGGACGAUUCCGAUGGUUACACGGGUGGCGGGAAACGCAUGCGGACGGGUCACAACUCCUAUCCGGAGGCGAGCGGUACGGAGCGGCGGGGAAGUAUUAAGGAUCGCAUCGGCAAGCGAAACAACAGCACUGAUAGCAAUAGUGACGAUUGUGCACAAAACGCUCCAAGGCACAUACCGGAUCUCGAGGUGGGGGAGAACUGUACCAAUGAAAAGUUUGGCAUAGAGCUGGCCGAAAAGCUGGAGGAAACGCACACGGAACUGAUGGUGCGAGUAGCUGAAACGCUCGGCCAGGAAAUUCCAAUGAAACUCUUCAAAGAGACACAGAAAAUCGAAGCCGACGGUGGAAUGCUCGUUAUGAAAGGCUGGCGGCGGCGCACCCCGGGCGGUGUGUUUCUCUUUCUCCUGAAGCAUUGCGAAGAGGUAGACGAGGAGGCCAAAAGGGCAAUCUUUCAGAGCGAGAAAAAAGCGAAGCAGAAGGAAUGGAAGCUAACGAAAAGCAUCAACCGGGAUAAGAAGGUGGAGGAGCUGAAGAAAACGCUUAACCGCCAAGCGGCCAACGAUGCUGAGCAAACUUCUUCCUCCCUGCCGAUCAUGGCACACCUGAAGGCGGAAACACACAGCACUCUUUCAAACCCUCCCCCUUCACCGGUGGGUGAGGAAAACUUUGAGGGCAACUCCGACUUCGAAGCGCGCAACAUCCACGUAAACGUCACCACCAGCCCGGACAAAACGCUGCUGCUGCACGGGCACGAAACGGACAAAGAUUCGGACGUCGCUCCAGAGGACGCGUGCCGGAUGCUGCCGGACGGUUCGACAGCGAUGCGAAACUUGGCCAGCUACCAAGAGGACUGUCUCGAUAUUACGUGCGAUGAUAUGGAUCUCUUCUAGCGGCGCACGCCCGGGACGUGCCGUGGCCUACCGCAUUAUAAUGAGUUUUUUUUUUGUCUGUUUUGCGAAAUCACACAUGUGCUAACGAACGACGAGGCGACGGCUUAACAGUGAAUGGGAUUCAUAAUGGGAAGAGAACUAAAUCUUGAACUAAAUGUAAAUACUCGAACUUGAACUACAUUAA